AUGGUCCUAAUUAAGGUGCUCGCGCAGAACGCCCAGCAGCCCUUGGCGGUCGAUCUCGAGUUUGACACCACGGAGACGUGGCAGUAUGCGAUCGACCCCUCGACGCUCGUCUUCCACGGCAGCACGCCGUCCGGAGGUAAGCUCCCGUCCCCGGUCUUCGACUCGGGGCUUCCCCCCUUCACGAUCACGGCCACGGCGUGCCCGAUUGACUGGGAGGUUGCGGGUGAUACGUUUGCGGCUGCACCGCCGACGAACCCAACGUGCACCGGCGCUGUGAAGAACAUCACGCUCUGGCCUUUCGGGUCGACCAAGCUUCGCAUUAGCGAGUUCCCGACGUUCAAGGCAAACUGA